AAAAUGUAAAUUAAUAUUCCUCUUAAAAUUCACCCAAUAUGUACUCGCGCACUCUACGAAAAUUAACACAAUUCAAUCAAGAUGCUUGGAGACUCCUCAGCAGCUUUCGGCGGGUUGCUGCUACAGAAUUGAGUCAGAGGCGGCAUUGUUGGCGAAGCGUGGUAGCCCUGCCAGUAUUUGUUGUUGCGCGCUCCGUUGCUUGCAAGGUGGCCAUGAUGAAGGAGGAGGAAAACCCAAAAAGAAAACGCACGCAAAGCAAGGCAAAGUACGUGACGAGCAUUCAGGGGAAAGCGCCACACUACCUUAAUUCACUCAAGGUGAGGUGGGAGCAGCUGCACGAGAUUCCCGGCAUCUUUGCCUACCAACUGCAGAAGACGCGCCCAAGUCGUGUGCUGCCGGGAGAGUGCAAGUUCUACGCGGAGCUCAAUCCGGAUCGCACGGUGAAGCGCCGCAUCCCACAAACCAUUGAGAACCUCAAUCCAACGUUCAAGCCAAAGCAAUUCAACUUCAACAAAGUGGACGCCCUGGAAGUGAUGUUGACAAUCGAUGACGUUGACAAAACCGAUGUCCAGAUGAUUAUCAACAGGAGCCCCCUCACCAGGUUUCACACGGUGGUCUGUCCCGACGUGAAGAACAAUCUGGUGCAACGAAUCACUGCGCACUCGCUGAAAUUUUGCAUAAACUUCAUGCGAGGCCUAGACGACAUGGACAUUCGGAUGGGCUAUAAUAGUCCUGGUGCCCUGGCCUCGGUGAAUCACCUACACUUCCACCUGCUGCACCUGCCCCAAGACUUGUACAUUAACCAAGUGGAGCUGGAGGAGCUGGCCGGUGGCUAUGUGUAUCGCUUAAGCAAGUCAAUGCCCACCGAGGCAAUCUGUGUGAUCUUCGAGGCCAAUGACGACGAGGCAGAGGUGCAAGAGAAGGUUAACAAUCUGCAGAAGCUCGCCGAUUGGAUGUGUGGACAGAAUAUACCCCACAAUCUCUUCAUCACCCAGGACCGCCGACCUGGCAAGCGCGGCAAUGUGCAGGUUUUCGUCUUUGCGCGAUCCCACUACUGCGUGAACAAAGAUUUGGCCGAAUUUAAUGUGGGAUUCUGUGAAUUGGCUGGAUACAUUCCCGUGGGAGACUCGAACAAAUUGGAGAAUCUUACAGAGCCGAUGGUUAUAAAACGAAUUCGUGAGAUCACUGGCACAGCCCCGCAGGCGGUGUACACGCGGAUGAAGCAGAUAGUGAACGGAGAGGAUCAGUCGAUUUGGGAACAGCCUUUAACUAUAUGAAACGUUUGCAAUAGAGACCAAGAGGCUAUUUAUUUAUA